GUCCUUCUCUCCUCCGUCUUGACCACCACCUACCACCCCUCCCUUCCUCUGUGUACCUUGAGCGUUGGUCCCAACAAUGCUCAACGUUACGCAAAAAUCGCGCGUCCUCGGGGGCCUCCUCGCCCGCUCGGGCAUGGCGACCGCCGCACCCAAGAUCGGCGACCAGAAGGUCCCCAUGUCUCCGCUCGAGCCCCACAACUACAUCAACUACCAGAGGAUUGAGGACAACCUGGUCGUCGUUCGUAACCGACUGAACCGCCCGCUUACUCUGUCCGAGAAGAUUUUGUACGGACACUUGGAUAACCCGCACGAGCAGGAUAUCGUGCGUGGUACAUCAUACUUGAAACUGCGGCCGGAUCGUGUUGCAUGCCAAGAUGCUACUGCCCAGAUGGCCAUCCUUCAGUUUAUGUCGUCUGGCAUGCCCACUGUUGCUGUUCCCACAACUGUCCACUGUGACCACUUGAUUGAGGCUCAGGUGGGUGGUGAGAAGGAUUUGGCUCGUGCCAUUGCCACCAACAAGGAGGUGUACGACUUCCUGGCGACUGCGACGGCUAAGUAUGGUAUCGGCUUCUGGAGGCCCGGGUCUGGGAUUAUUCACCAGAUUAUCCUUGAGAACUACGCUUUCCCCGGCGGUUUGAUGAUUGGUACCGAUUCUCAUACCCCUAACGCCGGUGGUCUCGGCAUGAUUGCGUGCGGUGUUGGUGGUGCCGAUGCUGUCGACGUCAUGGCCGAUCUUCCCUGGGAGCUCAAGUGCCCGAAGGUCAUUGGUGUUAACUUGACUGGCAAGAUUUCCGGCUGGACUGCACCGAAGGAUGUCAUCCUGAAGGUGGCUGGUAUCCUAACCGUUAAGGGCGGCACUGGUGCCAUCGUCGAGUACCGUGGCCCGGGUGUUGAGUCUCUGUCUUGCACGGGUAUGGCUACGAUCUGCAACAUGGGUGCUGAAAUUGGUGCUACGACUUCCCUCUUCCCCUUCAACCACCGCAUGGCCGACUACCUUAACGCAACCAAGCGUGGCAACAUUGCUGAAUACGCCAAGGCCUUCGAGCACAACUUGAAGCCUGAUGAGGGCUGCGAGUACGACCAGGUCAUCGACAUUAACCUGAGCGAGCUCGAGCCCCAUAUCAACGGCCCCUUCACCCCCGAUCUGGCUACCCCCAUUUCCAAGUUGAAGGAGGUUGCGAAGGAGAACGGCUGGCCUGAGGAGAUCAAGGUUGCCCUCAUCGGCUCUUGCACCAACUCGUCCUACGAGGAUAUGACCCGCUCUUCUUCCAUUGCUCGCCAGGCUGCUGAGCAUGGUCUGUCCACCAAGAGCAAGUUCACCAUCACCCCCGGCUCCGAGCAGGUCCGCGCUACCAUUGACCGCGACGGCGUGAUCGAGACCUUCCAUGAGGUUGGCGGUAUCGUUCUUGCUAACGCUUGCGGUCCUUGCAUUGGCCAAUGGGAUCGUCGUGACGUGAAGAAGGGUGAGAAGAACACCAUCGUCACUUCGUACAACCGUAACUUCACCGGCCGGAACGACGCUAACCCUGCUACCCACGCUUUCGUUGCUUCCCCUGAUCUCGUCACCGCCAUGGCCUUCGCUGGUACCCUCAACUUCAACCCUCUCACCGAUACCCUCACCGGCUCCGAUGGCAAGGAAUUCAAGUUCACCGACCCAGUCGGCAACGAGCUUCCUCCUAAGGGCUACGACCCCGGCCAGAAUACCUACCAGGAACCUCCCCAGGACCGCGCCUCCGUCCAAGUUGCCGUUGACCCUAACAGUGACCGUCUCCAACUCCUCAAGCCUUUCGCACCGUGGGACGGCAAAGAGCCCACCGACCUCCCCAUCCUGAUCAAGGUGCAGGGCAAGUGCACGACUGACCACAUCUCUGCUGGUGGCCCCUGGCUCAAGUACCGUGGCCAUCUCCAGAACAUCUCUCAGAACUGCCUGAUCGGCGCUAUCAACUCCGCUAAUGGCGAGGCUAACAAUGUGAAGAACGAGAUCACUGGCGAGUGGGGCGCAGUUCCCACGGUCGCUGCUUACUACCGUGACAACGGCAUCAAGUGGGUUGUUGUUGGUGACAGCAACUACGGUGAGGGAUCUUCCCGUGAGCAUGCCGCUCUCGAGCCCCGCUACCUCGGUGGUCUUGCCAUCCUCGUCCGCUCCUUUGCACGUAUCCAUGAGACCAACCUGAAGAAGCAGGGUAUGCUUGCCCUCACCUUCGCUGACCCGGCCGACUACGAUAAGAUCACUCCCGAUGACCGCGUCACCAUCAAGGGUCUCGAGUCUUUCGCGCCCGGCAAGAACUUGACCGCUGUCAUCAAGCACCCCGAUGGCAAGACAGAGGACAUUGAGCUUGCGCACUCGUUCAACGAGGGCCAGAUCGCAUGGUUCAAGGCUGGUUCCGCCCUGAACCUGAUGGCAAAGAACAAGCAGGAGGGUAAAUGAAAAUCCUAGACGAUCAGAAAACGCAAAGCAUGCGCUGGUUACCCUGGACAUGCCCAUCUGCAGAUUUGUUUCAUGUUUGUUCGUUCCAGCAUCGUGUUUGCGAAUGUCACAAUCGGCCGAAUCAAACUUCCUUUUUCCUUUCCUGUUCCGCCUAUUAUGUCUUUAUCCUUUGUUCCUACCCUGAAAUAGCACGUCCCGUGUAUCAUACACCCUCUAUCGUUGAAU